AACCGAUAAACCAAUCAAAAUUUACAACUGUGAAAUGGCCUUGAAAUAUGGCGUCGUGUAGCGAUGUAGUCCAUUCGAAGCGACCACAUGUGAAAACAGAGCGAAUGCAAGAGUUCAUAAGGGCACAGGAUGAAUUAAACAGUCCUACAAAAAAGCUUAAAUGUCCUGAGGUGAACUGCAACAAGGUGUUUACAAGCUCUCCUGGUCUUAAAUAUCACUUGCAUACACAUACUGAGAAACAACCUCGCUUCUGCUGUAGAAAAUGCCAAAAAGUGUUCAAAAGUGCUAAUGGGUUAAAAUACCACAGGGAAAAGACACGAUGUGAUGACUCUGAUAUAGAACCAUCUUAUCUACCAGACAGUUUCCUCAUCAACACUGAAGACACUCUCUGUGAUAGCGAUUCUCAGCAUGGUGAAACUAUAGGCUCUCCAUCGAACCUCAGGACAUACAGUAUUCCCCACAGUUCUUCUGAGGGUAUAGAUAAACUAACAGAACUAGCCAUAAUAGCAACAGGUCCACAGAGUCCAUUACUAGACAAAUGGAAACCACCGUGGGAUACCAAACCUAGUGGACAUGUGAAAAGGUCGCUAGAGAAGAUGUUAGGAAAUUGUGAAAGUUUUCAUACAUGUAUCUCACCUGAAAUACAGGGCAGCUCAAAAAUAACUGAUCUCAAACCAUUAGAUAAUCAGCAUACUUCAUUCAAUGACAGGGACUUAGAUGGUAGUGAUCCACAUGUAUCUUCAAGUUCCCCACUGUUGUUCUCGCCAAAUGAAACAAAUAAAUAUGAAACAUACACAUGGUCUCAUACCUGGCCUACAACUGUUUGGCAGUGCUUUAUAAAAGGAACAAAGGUCAAGUUUUUGUCACAAGAAGACAGUAGAUGGCAGUUGGCAGAACUAAUAGCACAGAAAGAGGAACUUAAUGAGCAAGCAUCUUUAAGAAGGACCUCAUUAAAUUAUGCUCCAAAUGGACUUCAGGUAGUUAAAUUGAAAGAUGAUGACAUUGAUGAACCAGAGAUGAGCAUUUAUUUUACACCAGCUGUACCAGGUCAGCAGGAUAUUACAGUGAUAUGUCAGAGAGAUCAUCCCUUCUUUGUUAAAGAUAAAGGAUGGUGCUCGUCUAAUCCUUUUGAGACUGUAAUGCAUUAUGGGAUACCUUGCUGUGAUUUAUCUGUUGGAGAUGUAUGUUUACCUCCAUCUCACCCUGAAGCAGCUUCAUCAGAAGAAAUCUUUAAAAGUUUCGAAGAAUUUGAAUUUACGCCUGCAGAUACAUCAGCAGUGUUUGCUCUAAGCAGUAUGAAGCAACAGAAAAAAGAUGCAGAUAUAAGCCCCCCAGCAGGUUCAAGUCUACUAAGUACAAGUAAUGUCAAGGAUCAUACCUUGGUUAAAGCUAAAAGACCAAUGAAUGCUUUCUUGUUGUUUGCAAAAGAAUUUCGUAUGGACUACACCCAUAAGUACCCUAAAAGAGAUAACAGGGCAAUAAGUGUGAUGCUUGGAGAAGAGUGGCAGGCACUUUCUGUAGAGAAAAAACGUGUGUAUGAGGAGAAAGCAAGAUGGUUGGCAGAAAAACAGAAAAAAAUAUAUCCUGACUGUUGGAAGAGGAAAAAACAAACAUAAAGGAUGUGUGUAGAGGUAGAGUUGUAAAGUGCUAUUCAUAACCAGGCUGUCUUCUAUAACUAAACGGUAUACAUACGUACACCAUGAAUGAUUAACUUAUUGCUGUCAAUGUUUGUUGUUUUAUAUUAUAUGAUCUCAUUUUAAAAAUAUUUAUUAUAAAAUGUAUCCUUUUUUAUCACUUGUUUAUUUUAUUGCAGUUUUUAUUUUAGUGUUUACAUUGUUCCAUUGUUUAUUUCUACAGAGAGUAGAUAUAUUUUAAGUGAGAGAAAAUUGUUUUGACAUUAUGUUUUGUGUAUAAGAAUUGUGUAUAAAAACAGAGACAUAGAUAACAGAGAUUGGCAGCUCCUAUAAACUAUAUUGAAAUAUCCAUCAUGCCUAUCAAAAAGUGAAAAAUUAGGUAUUUUGUAGCAAAUAAAACUUAAUGGAUGUACAUUUGAUCCUUUAAUAUUAUAUACCAUUUGAAAAGUAAAUCUUUUAUCUAUUGCUGCAUGUUAAAAUAUUGGUAACUUUCCAUGCCUUUCACUUAGAAAAACAUAGCAGAACAUACCCACUGAGCCAGUUUUGUCGUCAAAUGAAUAGUUUUGUAACAAAAAUUAAUUGGUAGUUCUCUUUCAAAAUUGAUGUAUCAUUUAUUUAAAUGGAAAUUGUAAAUAUUUUUACCUGCAGCCAUAGACAAAUGCAUAAGCUUUCAGAAAAUGUAUUAUUUUCCUGAUUUUGAUAUCUGGUUAAUAAGUUUUACUUGCUACAAGUUUUAAGUUUAGCAGGAACGCGUGAUAUUUUAACUGGUUAGGAAGUUGCCUAUCUCUGUUAUCUAUGUCUCUGAUAAAAAUGUCCACCUUUAUUACUGUAGCAAGCAGCUCCGUUUUUAUGCCCCAGUCACAAUAAGGGUGGCAUAUAGUGUAACCCCUGUGUCCUUGUGUGUGAAAAUCUUGUCCAGUCCAUACCUCUAUCAUGCAUAAAGGGAUUUUGAUAACAUUUUGUGUAGCAUCAUAUGAUUGUGUCAUGUGCAAGACCUAGACCCUUAGCGGCUAGGUCAAGGUGGAACUGAAAGGUCAAAGGUCAGUAUUUAGAAAAUAUUGUCUGACCCAUUAUUCUGUUUUGCAUCAAGGGAUUUUGAAAUAACUUUGCACAAGUGUGAAUCAUAAUAAAACAGUGUGCUAUGUGCAAGACUUAGAUCCUUAGGUGCUAGGUCAAGGUCACAGAGGUCAAAGGUUAGCAGUUAGAAAAUCUUGUCUGGCCAAAUACCAUGUCAUGCAUUUUGUGAUUUUGGAACAAUUUGGCUCAAAUGUUGAGCUUGAUGAGACAGUGUGUCAUGCACAAGUCCUAAACCCCUAGCUCAAAGGUCCAAAGGUCAGCAAUUAGAAAAUCUUGCCUGGUCCAUAACUCUGCCAUGAAUCAAGCUACUAAUUAUUUAUUUAAACACUUGGUAGAACAUUAUACACUACAUGUGUGCAGCAUUUUCUUUGAUAUCAUUUUUGUGUUAUUAAAUCAUUGGAACAAACACUGACAUAAUGAGCUAUUUGUUGUGUUGACCCUCACCCUGCUGAACCCAAAAAUGAAAAACCUUUUCUAUCCAUGCAGCCUGGCCAAUCUCUAUUCUAUUAGUAGUUAAAUGUUUGUAUUUUGAUAAUGAAAUCCCUUUAAAUUUGAAUGGACUGUUCCAAAUUUAUAAAAGGGCAAAUCCAUUACACAAAUUCGGCAAGUGUUAACUUAGAACAUCAAGUUAUGUCAUCAUUUUUUCUACCUGUAGUUACAUUUUUGCAUUCAUUUCAAGUAGACAGUUGUAAUUUUCAUCUUUUAAUAUUGAGGGAUGAUAUAAUAGAGGACAGAAUGAUAAGGUUGAUGUAACUUUUUUUACAAAAUGUAGAAAAAUGUGAAGGAAAAAGGUUGUCAGGACAGUAAAGGUUCUUAAAGAAUGACACAUGUAAUUUAUAAAAAAGUUCUUUUUUUAACUGUCAAACUGUUGUUUUAUUGUCAGAGAGCUAUCUUGUAGGACCUGUCAUCCAUUCCACAAUUACUUGAAGUGAAAUCUUCACUAACACCAGUUGGCCAAGUUUUAAUGAAACAUUUUUUAAGGUUUUUUUUGCAUAAAGAUUUAGAUAAGCUGUUCAAAUAGUAAGAACCCAGGUACGCACAUAAUGGAUUAUAAUAAUUAAACUACAAACUUGUUUCUGUUAUCCCAAUACAACAGCUACUGCCUUAUAUCAAAAUAUAAUCAAUUGUGCAUUAUCAAGUCAUUGGCCACCUUGAUAAAGGUUAUUUAGAAUUUCUGGCCAGGGUUCAAAUUGAAUGUCAGACUGAGAUUUGUUUAACUUGGCAGUACAGACAGUAGUGCAGCUGCAUGAAAGACUUGUGGUCAAAACUGGCCCCGCCCCAGCUACCACAUGAUUUUACAUUAAAACUUUCGUAGAAAAAUGUCUCGUCAGAAAUCACAAGGUAAAACUAUUAAUUUUAUUGGUUAAAUACAGAAGUGCUGUGUCACUCUUUUGAACAAUGUUUCAAAAACAGGUAUUUCCUGUUUGCCUCUUUUCUCAAUAGAUAUUUUAGAUAAAUAUUUUUGUAUUUUGCAUGUAGAUUUCUAGGACCUUGUCAUUUUUUUCAUUUUUAAAAAAAAAACAAUAUGAAUGUUUUCGUUUAG